GAAGAAGCCCAAUUCACACCCAUGAGCGGCCCAUUCCCCUCAGAAAACCUUAAAACCCUAAUUAUUUUCCCAAUAUAUAUGAUUCAUCAUCUUUCCCCAAAACCCUACACUCACAUUCAGCUCAAUCUAUCAGAACAAUGCCGGCUGGGCACGGACUGAGGUCGCGGACCAGAGAUACGUUCUCGCGGCCUUUCAGAAAGAAGGGUCCGACCCAUCUCUCCACCUACCUCCGCACCUACAAAACUGGAGACUAUGUGGAUGUCAAGGUUAACGGGUCGAUCCACAAAGGCAUGCCUCACAAGUUCUACCAUGGUCGAACGGGUCGGGUCUGGAACGUCACCAAGCGUGCCGUCGGCGUUGAAGUCAACAAGCAGGUGGGCAACAGAAUUAUAAGGAAGAGAAUCCAUGUUCGCAUUGAACAUGUUCAGCAAUCGCGAUGCCAUGAAGAGGUGAUGCUGAGGAUAAAGAAGAACGAUCAGUUGAAAGCUGAAGCGAAGGCGCAGGGUAAAAUCAUAAGCACGAAGCGUCAGCCAGAAGGGCCAAAACCUGGAUUCAUGGUGGGAGGUGCAACAUUAGAGACUGUAACUCCGAUCCCCUAUGAUGUUGUCAACGAUCUCAAGGGUGGUUACUAAGGAUUGGCUCUAGGCUUAUCCACUCUUUGAUAAUUUUUGUGAUGUACGAACUUCUGGAAAUUGAUGAUUCAGUGCCAUUUUGGUCAAGCAUAUAAAGCUUUAGUUAUUGUGCUGUAGAUUGUUUCUAGAUAUUUGUUUUUUCUUUUUGACUUUGGAGUAUCAUGAUAUAGUGAUUCUUGUUUAUGAAGAGACAUGAAAAAGAAGUAAGCUAUUGGUGGCAAUAGAUUUUUUUCAGAUUUUUGUAUGAAAA